AAGUAAACAAAACUUUUUAAAACGCAAACAAUUAUUAUUGUUAUUAAAAAUGUGUUAAAAAGUGGUUUAAAUGAAUGCUAACUAAUGUUGUGUUAAGUAAUGUCUAAUUUAAUGGCAUGUGUUGUGAGAAGACUUUGCGCUUUGGAUAGCAUUGGCUCCAGAAGUGGAUGUGUUGUCAGAUAUUUAUCGCAAAAACCGCAGAAGAAUAACACGAAAAACUUUGAAACCAAAGACGAGAAAGAGUUGUCGAAAGUGAAGAUCACUCUUAAGGAUCAAAGCGGACACAUCUUAGGCAUCAAAUCGAUGACUGAAUCCAAACUAUUGGCGCAUAAAUUGAAACUAAACUUAAUUGAAGACAAAUCGGAGACAAAACAUAAAUACCAAUCGUUUUGUUUGGUUUCCAACAAACAAUUGGCACAAAUGGACGACCAGUUGAGUGACAAUCAGUUGCCAUCGGAUGACACAAACGAUCUCAAGAAGAAUGAGUCGAUUCAUAGCAGAGGUGCCAAAGAAAUGAAACGUUUGGUGUUUUCCACAAAAGUCGAUGAAAACGAUUUGUUGACUAAAAUUAAUGCAACGAAACGAUGGACUUCUAGAGGACAUCACAUCUCUAUACAUGUGACAAAUCCUCAAAAAGAUCCCAAACUUCUGGAAGCGAUUUAUACCAAAUUUGAGACACAAUUGAAAGGAUUUGGAAAAUUGAAUCAAAAAAAGAUUAAAACGGAUAACACAAUGAAGUUUAUGAUAAUUCCUGAUCACAUUCAGGACCCGUUGAGAGGCGAUCGAAGUGAGGCACUCGUGAACACCGAUCAGGACAACGACGAUAUUGAUCCCAACAAACUGUUGAGCGAUGAAUUUGAACAACAAUUACAAGACAUCGACAAAAAGAUGACAUUGAAUGCGAUGAACGACACGACAGCUCUGUAUGAGCUGCUGAAGAAGGAGUGGCAGCAGAAGAGACCAAAUCUGGACAAAUGCGGACAAUUGUUGACUCAGUUGAAGGUCUCGCUGACGGGUCUGUCGUUUCUGCCGACCCAUGAGAUGGUGACCAACAAAGAGCUCAUUAUAUCGCGCGAUGUCUUAGAGAUCGGAGCCCUCUAUAGCAUCGCUAAACAAGACAUCCCAUCCUUUGAACGAUAUUUGGCUCAAUUGAAGACUUAUUACUUCGACUAUAACUCACAACUGCCCGAAUCGGUCUACAAAUACCAAUUGCUUGGACUUAAUCUGUUGUGCAAACUGUCAAAGAACGAAGUGGCGGACUUCCAUACCGAGUUGGAGUUACUUCCGGCCAAAGAGAUCCAAAACAACGUCUAUAUCCGACAUCCGGUGUCUUUAGAGCAGUACUUAAUGGAGGGCUCGUAUAAUAAGGUGUUCCUCUCGAAGGGCAACGUUCCCUCUCAGACCUACACCUUCUUCAUCGACAGACUUCUGGACACAAUUCGCAUAGAGAUUGGCGUUUGUAUUGAGAAGGCGUACCAACACAUCGGCGUCGAAGAGGCGAAGAGACUCCUGUUCUUCGAGAAUGUCUCGCAAUUACAAGAAUUCGCCGCAAUUAAGAAGUGGAGUAUUACUGGAGGUGUGAUUCAGUUACCCGUCGACAAAGACGCCGGACAGACGGCCAACAAAAUACCGGCCAAAGAGUUGGCCCAACAGAUCAUCGAUUACGCCAAGGAAUUAGAAAUGAUUGUCUGAUCCGACUCUCAAUCCAUUGUAUUUCUACUCUUUAUUUAAUUUGUAUUUCAAUUAAUAAAUUCUAAAACAAAUAUGUGUUUCAAUUAAAUGCAU